AUGAUUACGCUUUCAAAGACCAAGGGCAUUGUCUGGAGUAUCUCUUCCUGUGAUAUGGAGCUAUGUGAUGUUGAGGGUUGUGAUGUUGAAGGAUGUGAUGCAGAAGAAUUGUUUUCCUGGAACGAAUCCCCGUCGUUCUUUGUUCCCGAAUUCUCCCCGGACUCCAAGAAAGUGGUCAGCGAAAAAGAAGAUGGUCUGAUACUGAUAUGGGAUCUUGAUGAGGGACAGCAUCUCUUGAAACCGUUAUUAAAGCCCAGCUGUGCUCUAGGUUUCUCGCCCGACUGCACCAAGCUGGCAGUGAGUACAAUCGAUGGAACCAUAGACAUAUGGGACCUGGCUACUGAGCAGGUAACUCAUCGACUGGAGAGUCUUGAUGCUAGAAUGCAAACAUUUAAUUUCUCUCCUGAUGGUCGCAAAGUUGCUUUCGGGGAUUUCAGUGGCACAGUCCAAGUAUGGGAUCUCCAUAGCUUGUCAGGAGUGACGCAAUCAUCAGGGCCUUUGAAGUCCCAUGCUGGCAAAGGUGGUUAUCUGGAUGAAGUUACUGUGUCACCAGAUGGUCAGAAAGUCCUAAUUCAGUUUUCGGAAAUGCUUGAAAUUCGAAACACCGCCACCGGGGCAGUCGAGCAAAGACUGACAGGAAAACCCGACAGUUCUACGGCUUUCUCGCCAGACAGUAGAUGUCUGGCUGUGCUUUCCCACGAUCGCCUAGAGGUGUUGGAUAUUGUCAAAAGACGCGUUGAUCGGGUCAUUGAAGGCCACCGAUACAGUGUCAUUCUGCCCUACUUCCCCUGUGCAUUUCACAACAAGAGGAAAACUCGCCGUCAGGCGCUGAAUGCUAUUUAUGGGCAGCUUGGCGAACAUGAUCAUCGUUUGUUACCCGCCCAUCUGGAUCAGGUCAAAAUCAAUCGUACAGCAAUGUCUCUGGACCCCAAUAAUUCUCCUUAUUACUUCACCUCUUAUCCGCAUCCCAUCGAUGAAACUGAGUAUGAGUACCCCGAAGACGCUGAUGAUUGGCCGGAGUUCGACGGAUGUGCAAACAAGAAUGCCGAACACCUCGCCAUCUGUUUGAACCGAUUUCUCUGCCGUUGCGAAAUGCCAGAAGAAGACACUUACCUACCUCGCUUUGCAAUGUCCUCAUGGGCUUCCCCGCCAUCCUAA